GCCGGAGACAUCCGCCCAGGCCCGCUUCCGGGAGGAAGUGACGCACGCAGCCAGCUUCCGGUCCGGGAGGCUCGGCCCCACCUCCGCGCCGAGCAACUUAAAGGGACCGCGACCCCCAGGAGGAUUGAAGGAGACCGGGAGGCUGCCGGCGUGGACCGUGGGAAGGCGGGGCUGGGGCUCGGCGGGAGGCCACCCCCGCAGCCGCCCCGGGAUGAGCGCGCCCAGCAGCUGCUGGACGCGGUGGAGCAGCGGCAGCGGCAGCUCCUGGACACCAUCGCCGCCUGUGAGGAGAUGCUGCGGCAGCUGGGCCGCCGGCGCCCGGAGCCGGCGGGUGGCGGGAGUGUCUCAUCCAAACCCGGGGCGCCCCCCCAGCCAGCGGUCUGCGCCAGAGGCGGUUUCCCAAAGGAUGCUGGCGAUGGAGCUGCGGAACCCUGACCGCUCCCGAGCCCGUGGCCCUGAGCUCUCUCCCUCCGGGGGGCUGGUGGCUGGACUCUGAACAACUGCCUUCAGUCAAGGACCAGUCUUCACUGGCAGCGGCUGGAACUUGGCCCUCAGCCUGGGGUGGCAGCUCUGCUAGCGGCUGGGUUCACUCCUUCCUGGCUGAUGCGGAGCUGAGCUUUGAAAUGUAGCCGAGGCACACCCAGCCCGAUGACCGGAGCUGGGCAGGCCAGCAGUGCUCGCCAGAGUGGUCUGGCCUGCUUCCGGGGAUCCAGGUGGUGUUACAUGUCCAUUUCAUGCUUCGGGGGCUCCAAGUCCCACACAACACUUUUAGCAGAGCCUUGAUUAAAAGGAAGCCUGCAGACUCUC